AUGAGUUACGUUUUUUCAAACAAAAUCACCACGAUUAUUUAUACUGCCAGAGAUGCUUCGGAAAAUGUUGAACACUUUUUUGUGCAACUUUGUCAAAAAAGAGCACCUGAGUCUGAGCUCGGAUCUAAAGAGCCUAAGCAAAUUGACGUCACUAAAACAGAAAUUCACCUCAAUAAUGAUCAUAUAUACGUUGGUAUGGAAGCACAUGCGAUACUUGAAGAUUUAAAGACAAAAGCCCCAAUAGAAGAAGUGAACAAAUUUUAUGCUAGUUGUCGUAAAUUUUACGUGCAAAUAAUAUUGCAAAUCCAAAAGCGGUCCGCCUUAAGUGAGAAACUUUUUGACUUAUUGAAAUUGUGGGUUGUGUCUACCCUUACGCUGUUUACAAGUGUAGUGGUAUUUUGGUGGUAUGGAUUCUUUAUUGCUUUUACCGUUUUUACUCUUGGAAUCACCGGUAUACUUUAUGGCGCACAAGAUCUCUUGUUGUACUAUCCAAAUGAUCCUCCGGACUCCAGGGUGUUUGUACUACAACCCAGUAACUAUAAAUUACCUUAUGAAAGUAUUAAAAUAAAAAAUAAGGAUGGUUUCAGAAUACAUAUGUUCCUUAUAAAACAAACAACAAAUAGCAACCACAUACCAACGAUGAUAUUUUUCCAUGGCAAUGCAGGCAAUAUGGGGCAACGGUUAUCAAAUGUAUCUGGAUUUUAUCACAAGUUAAAUAUCAAUAUUCUUAUGGUUGAAUACAGAGGCUAUGGACUUUCCGAAGGAUCGCCAUCAGAGCGUGGUCUCUACAAUGAUGCACAAACAGCUCUGGACUAUAUUUUGCAAAGAUCAGAUAUUGACAGAAGUAAAAUUGUUGUGUUUGGUAGAUCUCUAGGUAAUAUUUCCGAUAUGAGUUAG